AUGUCUCUCCAACAACCCCCGACUUCGGACUUCAAGCUACCGUCCGAGAUCUGGUUCAACAUCUUCGAUAUACUCUUUCCCGAAUACAUCGAGGAAGCCGAGCGCAAGGGCAGAGACUACCUUCCCCAUUACAUCCUUCUACCUUCAGCGCCAUGGAACGUGCUCUCUCGCGUCUGCAGGCGCGCACGGGAUCUCGUGCGCAACCACAGCGCGCACGUUACUAUGCUCCGACCUGAUUUGACAUCCAACGCUCUGAAGGAACACACCGACGGCAGGCCAUUGGAUUUUCACUACACCGAUAUCGACGACUGGGCGACAUUUGACCGCGAGUAUACGUUUGACUUCUCCAUCCCGGCCGCUGUAAAACUUGCACUCGACACCUUGCCCAAGGCGAAGACGUUUGCUGUAUUUGCUCAAACGGCCGUCAACAUGAGCGGCUACGCCUCGCUUGCCAUGCCGCCCGGAUAUCACCGAGGACUCUCCAAAGUCGAGAAGGUCGACCUUUUGUCCAACAUCCUCGGAACGCUGUCAACGACACCGGACCAGAUCUUGCAAGAGUUGCGUAUCUUCACGCAAUCCGACAUGAUGCUAGUAGACGGCAUAGACCCUUGCCUCGUGUCUCUGCGCGCGAGCGAGAGACUUCUCUGGACAUGCGGCGCACAUUGCUUCCCUGAGCUGAAGUACCUCGCAUUAUCUGGACUUUUCUGCACGGUCCCACCACGUCUCCCGCCGUCGCUCACCAAGCUGAAGCUAUCGUGCACCUUCACCACCAGUAUGGACGACCUUCUCGACAUGCUCCAUCUCCUCCCUCAUCUGCGCAACUUGGCUCUGUCGAACUGUGCGCACGGUCUUCCCUCAAUCAUACCUGAUCGACACAUGCGACAUCGGUAUGUGCGCUUACCGCACCUCCACAGUCUUGCGUUACAAGAGAGACUUGCGGCGCUCACGAUCAUCCUCUUCCACCUCGACUUCCGGCCUACUACGUGCAUGGAUCUCAAGAACCACGGCCCAUACGACAGGGGUGUGAAUGCCGCCGAGACCAUCAGCGCCUUCGCCCGCGAGGUUCAAUCGCAUCUGGACCCCGGAUCGGAAGAGGAGAUGCCCGCCUUCGAGUCACUGGAGAUCAACCUUUGGAAGCAGGUCAAUGCUUUCGAUCUGCACGCUAAAGCGGGCGAACAGACGCUUGAUAUCUGGCUCGACUGGACCUACGCCGAGGAUCCAGGGUACGACGGCCUUUGCACCUUCCUGAAGGAGCUUCAUGAGCUUCAUUCGGUGUGGCGGCUAGACUUGGCACCGGGGAUCUACCUCUCACGCAGUAGGUGGGACGCGCGCCCUCUUCGGUUGGACGAGACGUUGCUUUGUCUGUCGGAAGUCGAGGAGCUUAGUGUGCAGAUGCGUCUUACUCCGCACGUCUGUUACGCGCUCCGGUACGCUUACCCGGAUGGCAGUCCAGUCCUUUUUCCAGUUCUGCAAAAGCUCAUCGUUGUUGACGAGCUGGAGAUGGAUGCCAGUCGCGUCGUCAAGUCUUUGGGAACUUGUAUCGCGGGAAGGUCCGGCGUACUUGACAAGGUGGUCUUUGUAUCAUGUCCUCGUCUGAGUGGGUGCACUCCCGAUCGGCUGGCUUUGGGUCUCGAAGGAGUAUCCAUCGAUUUGAGUGAAGUCGAUAAGAUGUCUGCACUUGUCGGCAAGGGGGUGCAUGAAGCCGAUUCCAAAGACACUGAAUGGGACUCGGAUUCCGACGAUGACGCGCCUGAAGACGACAGUUUGGUUAUAGAACCCGUUGGAAUCCCCAUCCCCAUCCCCAUCUAA